AUGUCAGAUGCGGAAGAAACAUUUAUUCGAACUUGGCAGCUCGAAAUUGCAAACAAAUACGAGCAUGGACCUUGGUCGGACAUGGACUACAUUGUUUGGGGCGAGUCCUACAACUUCGGGGACAUCUCGGAGUGGCCUCUCGACGCUGUGGUGGUGAGCUCCGAGCCCGGCGAGAAGUGUCUGCUCGGCAGCUUGCGCUCGGCUGCGGACCUCCACAAUGUGGAGUUGCACACGAAAGUUCCUGUUACAGUUGUUGUCAGCAUUUGUUGGAAAACAGAGAUGCAAGUGAAAGGAACUCCGAGAGAUUGGAACAAGCACUUCCUCGAUUGCGGUGUGCGUCACUUGCAAGUCGAGCUGGACGACCACCAGGUCAGGUACAGCCAGCAUCCGGACUGGUUCUUGGAAUGCACGCAGAACUGCACCCAAACUUGGAAAGGCAUGGCUGAUGCUCUGUCGAGUGCACGCACAGCCUGCAGAAAGGAGGGCAAGGACUUCAACGUGCUCUUCCACUGCUUCGGCGGCAUCAAUCGCAGCCCUGCGGCCCUUUGCGCAUGGUUGAUGCAGGACACAAGGUGCAGCGCGGCGGAAGCUGUGGGGCGCAUUUUAGCGGCUCGACCAGCUCUAAGAGCGUGGAGACGCCGCGACUACGUGCUCUUGGCUUUGCACCGCCUUCAGUAG